AUGGACGCCAUUUCCUCUUUGAAGAAUAAGCCUGCUGGCCGGGCAGCGGUACCUCCAGUGAGCCGGGCAGGGACUCCUGUUACCAGCUGUGAUUCAUGUCAUGAUGAAGCCACCUGCUUGGAGUCACGAGAAAGAGGUGACACCUUCACCGGUCACACCCUCUCUUGUGUCUGUAAAGGUGGUUUUGUAGGUGAUGGCCUCACCUGCUAUGACCCAAAAGUUUGCAGUGACUCUUCUUGCUGUGACCGAGGUUACCACUGGUCCUCAGAGAAGGGCUGUGUGGACACUGAUGAGUGUUCCCUCUCAAACUCACCGUGUACACCACCUCAGAUUUGUCACAACACACCAGGCUCAUAUGAAUGUCUGGAGGCUUCCUCCAAGAGCAGAUCAGAGGUCGAUUCCCAAUCUGUCCUAUUUCCCUGUGGAAACACAGUUUGUCCUUCAGGCAUGGACUGCAUCAAUUCCCAAUGUGUGGACCCUUGUCAGAACUACGCAACAUUGAAUGAUGACUGGCGUUCAACAAAUAACACAAAUACUGAGGUCCUACACUGUGAUCGAUAUAUAAACUGGCAAGGCUGGUAUCGCCUGUUUUUUAAUCAAACCAGUGCUCAUAUUCCAGAGAGGUGUGUCGAAUCAAACAGGUGUGGAACCGAUGCGCCUUUGUGGAUAACACAACCUCAUCCCACAUGGUCAGGUGAAAUUGUGAAUCGCACUGUGUGCAAUGUUUGGAGUGGCAGCUGCUGCUAUUUUCAGUCACACACCAUCCAUGUUAAACUUUGCCAUGCAAACUACUAUGUCUACAAACUUGUGAAGCCAUUUGUAUGCAACCUUGCAUACUGUGCAGAGGUGAACACAACUACACCGGUUUUACCUACCACAACACCAAGGCCACAUAACUUCACCACCACACAUGUGACCGCUAAUAUCAUUACCACAACACCAGUGGGCAACAGCACAGCAGUCGAGGGCGAGGUCCGCCUGGUUAAUGGAAACAGCUCCUGCUCUGGCAGGGUGGAGAUCUUCCACAGUGGACAGUGGGGGACGGUGUGUGACGAUGCCUGGGGCCUGGUGGAUGCUCAGGUGGUGUGCAGACAGCUGGGCUGUGGCAGGGUCUUCUCAGCACCAACAAACGCGCGAUUUGGACAGGGCAACGGACCCAUCUGGUUGGAUGAUGUCGCAUGCACAGGCAACGAAUCAAAGCUCUCUGAGUGUCCCCACAGAGGGUUUGGAUCUCAUAACUGUGCCCACUCUGAGGAUGCUGGUGUCGUCUGUGAAGCUGCUUCAACAGUGAGGCUGGUCAACGGUCAGAACCGCUGCUCUGGCAGAGUGGAGAUCUUCAAUGAUGGACAGUGGGGCACAGUGUGUGAUGAUUUGUGGGACCUUAAUGAUGCCAAAGUGGUGUGCAGACAGCUGGGCUGUGGAAGCGCUCGUUCAGCACUACAAAAUGCAGCUUUUGGACAGGGCAGCGGACCCAUCUGGUUGGACAAUGUAGACUGUGUUGGAAAUGAACCAUCAAUAACUAACUGCAGACACAACGGGCUUGGAGUCCACAACUGUGGUCACCAUGAAGAUGCCAGCAUCAUCUGUGAAGUCCAACCAGGAAUCAACAGCACUGUUUUUCCAACAACACCAAGGCCGCAGAACUUCACCACCACACAUGUGCCUGCUAACAUCACUACCACAACACCAGUGGGCAACAGCACAGCAGUCGAGGGGGAGGUCCGUCUGGUUAAUGGAAACAGCUCCUGCUCUGGCAGGGUGGAGAUCUUCCACAGUGGACAGUGGGGGACAGUGUGUGACGAUGCCUGGGGCCUGGUGGAUGCUCAGGUGGUGUGCAGACAGCUGGGCUGUGGCAGGGUCUUCUCAGCACCAACAAACGCGCGAUUUGGACCGGGCAACGGACCCAUCUGGUUGGAUGAUGUCGCAUGCACAGGCAACGAAUCAAAGCUCUCUGAGUGUCCCCACAGGGGGUUUGGAUCUCAUAACUGUGCCCACUCUGAGGAUGCUGGUGUCGUCUGUGAAGCUGCUUCAACAGUGAGGCUGGUCAACGGUCAGAACCGCUGCUCUGGCAGAGUGGAGAUCUUCAAUGAUGGACAGUGGGGCACAGUGUGUGAUGAUUCUUGGGACCUGAAUGAUGCCAAAGUGGUGUGCAGACAGCUGGGCUGUGGAAGCGCUCGUUCAGCACUACAAAAUGCAGCUUUUGGACAGGGCAGCGGACCCAUCUGGUUGGACAAUGUAGACUGUGUUGGAAAUGAACCAUCAAUAACUAACUGCAGACACAACGGGCUUGGAGUCCACAACUGUGGUCAUAAUGAAGAUGCCAGCAUCAUCUGUGAAGUCCAACCAGGAAUCAACAGCACUGUUUUUCCAACCACACCAAGGCCGCAGAACUUCACCACCACACAUGUGCCUGCUAACAUCACUACCACAACACCAGUGGGCAACAGCACAGCAGUCGAGGGGGAGGUCCGUCUGGUUAAUGGAAACAGCUCCUGCUCUGGCAGGGUGGAGAUCUUCCACAGUGGACAGUGGGGGACAGUGUGUGACGAUGCCUGGGGCCUGGUGGAUGCUCAGGUGGUGUGCAGACAGCUGGGCUGUGGCAGGGUCUUCUCAGCACCAACAAACGCACAAUUUGGACCGGGCAACGGACCCAUCUGGUUGGAUGAUGUCGCAUGCACAGGCAACGAAUCAAAGCUCUCUGAGUGUCAACACAGAGGGUUUGGAUCUCAUAACUGUGCCCACUCUGAGGAUGCUGGUGUCGUCUGUGAAGCUUCUUCAACAGUGAGGCUGGUCAACGGUCAGAACCGCUGCUCUGGCAGAGUGGAGGUCUUCAAUGAUGGACAGUGGGGCACAGUGUGUGAUGAUUCUUGGGACCUGAAUGAUGCCAAAGUGGUGUGCAGACAGCUGGGCUGUGGAAGCGCUCGUUCAGCACUACAAAAUGCAGCUUUUGGACAGGGCAGCGGACCCAUCUGGUUGGACAAUGUAGACUGUGUUGGAAAUGAACCAUCAAUAACUAACUGCAGACACAACGGGCUUGGAGUCCACAACUGUGGUCAUAAUGAAGAUGCCAGCAUCAUCUGUGAAGUCCAACCAGGAAUCAACAGCACUGUUUUUCCAACAACACCAAGGCCGCAGAACUUCACCACCACACAUGUGCCUGCUAACAUCACUACCACAACACCAGUGGGCAACAGCACAGCAGUCGAGGGGGAGGUCCGUCUGGUUAAUGGAAACAGCUCCUGCUCUGGCAGGGUGGAGAUCUUCCACAGUGGACAGUGGGGGACAGUGUGUGACGAUGCCUGGGGCCUGGUGGAUGCUCAGGUGGUGUGCAGACAGCUGGGCUGUGGCAGGGUCUUCUCAGCACCAACAAACGCGCGAUUUGGACCGGGCAACGGACCCAUCUGGUUGGAUGAUGUCGCAUGCACAGGCAACGAAUCAAAGCUCUCUGAGUGUCACCACAGAGGGUUUGGAUCUCAUAACUGUGCCCACUCUGAGGAUGCUGGUGUCGUCUGUGAAGCUGCUUCAUCAGUGAGGCUGGUCAACGGUCAGAACCGCUGCUCUGGCAGAGUGGAGGUCUUCAAUGAUGGACAGUGGGGCACAGUGUGUGAUGAUUCCUGGGACCUGAAUGAUGCCAAAGUGGUGUGCAGACAGCUGGGAUGUGGAAGCGCUCGUUCAGCACUACAAAAUGCAGCUUUUGGACAGGGCAGCGGACCCAUCUGGUUGGACAAUGUAGACUGUGUUGGAAAUGAACCAUCAAUAACUGACUGCAGACACAACGGGCUUGGAGUCCACAACUGUGGUCACCAUGAAGAUGCCAGCAUCAUCUGUGAAUUCCAGCAGCCUCCACUCCAGACUUCACAGUUAAUUUGUGGCCGUGAUAAAAUCCAAGUAGGUCUGCAUAUGGGUAGCAUGACAUCCUCCGGUUUGAACCCCUUCUCGGGAAACCUGGCUUCCAGCAACUGUUCCUGGACCAACAGCACACAUGUCAUCUACUUCAACAGUUUAUUCAUCUACCCACUGGCUAAUUUGUCCUUCAUGCUUCCUGUGAGUCUUCCCUUCUCCUGUGCUUAUCCCCUGGACACAGACGCCAGCCUGAAUGUAGCUAUCAGGCCAGACCUGUUCACUGGAGGCAUUUCAGGUUCGGGUCCAAAAGCUAGAGCCUCCAUGUCUCUGUUCCGCAACUCCAACUACACUGAGUCUUAUCCACCAGGCCAAGUCUUCCUCCCAGUGGGUUCACCUCUGUAUGUGGGCGUCUCUGUGGAGGACACAGAUCCAGUUUUGGCAGCUGUUCUGGAGGACUGCUACGCCACUCACUCACCAAACCCUGAUGAUCCCACACAAUAUCCUCUCAUCCAGAACAAGUGUCCCACUGACCGCCAAAAGGUGUCAAUAGUUGAGAGUGGCUCGUCCCUCCGAGCUCGUUUCUCUGCUCUGCUCUUCCUGCUCCAGGGUCAAUACAGAGACAUUUAUCUUCACUGCAGCCUCAGCCUGUGUAACCAGAGGAACUACAACUGUGUACCAUCGUGCACAAGUAGGACACAUCGCUCUGUUUCCAACUCAGCUUCUCUGAAUCCCGUCACCAUUGGACCAAUCACUUCACAAAAGUCGAGGAGGGUGGUCCGUCUGGUUAAUGGUAGCAGCAUCUGCUCUGGCAGCGUGAAGACCUUCCACAGUGGACAGUGGGGCACAGUGUGUGAUGAUUUGUGGGACCUGAAUGAUGCCAACGUGGUGUGCAGACAGCUGGGCUGUGAAAGCGCUCGUUCAGCACUACAAAAUGCAGCUUUUGGACAGGGCAGCGGACCCAUCUGGUUGUACAAUGUCAACACAGCAGUCGAGGGCGAGGUCCACCUGGUUAAUGGAAACAGCUCCUGCUCUGGCAGGGUGGAGAUCUUCCACAGUGGACAGUGGGGGACAGUGUGUGACGAUGCCUGGGGCCUGGUGGAUGCUCAGGUGGUGUGCAGACAGCUGGGCUGUGGCAGGGUCUUCUCAGCACCAAAAAAUGCACGAUUUGGACAGGGCAACGGACCCAUCUGGUUGGACAAUGUCGCAUGCAUAGGCACCGAAUCGAAGCUCUCUGAGUGUCAACACAGAGGGUUUGGAUUGCAUAACUGUGGUCACUCCGAGGAUGCUGGUGUCGUCUGUGAAGAAGUACAGAUACUACUAUUGAAAAAUACUCCAGUAAAAUUUGACAGUGUUCCUUCUUUUGGUUUUCUAUUAGCUGCUUCAUCAGUGAGGCUGGUCAACGGUGAGAACCGCUGCUCUGGCAGAGUGGAGGUCUUCAAUGAUGGACAGUGGGGCACAGUGUGUGAUGAUUCUUGGGACCUGAAUGAUGCCAAAGUGGUGUGCAGACAGCUGGGCUGUGGAAGCGCUCGUUCAGCACUACAAAAUGCAGCUUUUGGACAGGGCAGCGGACCCAUCUGGUUGGAUGAUGUAGCAUGUUUUGGAAAUGAAUCAUCAAUAACUGACUGCAGACACAACGGGCUUGGAGUCCACAACUGUGGUCACCGUGAAGAUGCCAGCGUCGUAUGUGAAGUCCAACCAGGAAUCAACAGCACUGUUUUUCCAACAACACCAAGGCCGCAGAACUUCACCACCACACAUGUGCCUGCUAACAUCACUACCACAACACCAGUGGGCAACAGCACAGCAGUCGAGGGGGAGGUCCACCUGGUUAAUGGAAACAGCUCCUGCUCUGGCAGGGUGGAGAUCUUCCACAGUGGACAGUGGGGGACAGUGUGUGACGAUGCCUGGGGCCUGGUGGAUGCUCAGGUGGUGUGCAGACAGCUGGGCUGUGGCAGGGUCUUCUCAGCACCAACAAACGCACAAUUUGGACAGGGCAACGGACCCAUCUGGUUGGAUGAUGUCGCAUGCACAGGCAACGAAUCAAAGCUCUCUGAGUGUCAACACAGAGGGUUUGGAUCUCAUAACUGUGGUCACUCUGAGGAUGCUGGUGUCGUCUGUGAAGCUUCUUCAACAGUGAGGCUGGUCAACGGUGAGAACCGCUGCUCUGGCAGAGUGGAGGUCUUCAGUGAUGGACAGUGGGGCACAGUGUGUGAUGAUUCUUGGGACCUGAAUGAUGCCAAAGUGGUGUGCAGACAGCUGGGCUGUGGAAGCGCUUAUUCAGCACUACAAAAUGCAGCUUUUGGACAGGGCAGCGGACCCAUCUGGUUGGACGAUGUAGCAUGUUUUGGAAAUGAAUCAUCAAUAACUGACUGCAGACACAACGGGCUUGGAGUCCACAACUGUGGUCAUAAUGAAGAUGCCAGCAUCAUCUUCGAGGGCGAGGUCCGUCUGGUUAAUGGAAACAGCUCCUGCUCUGGCAGGGUGGAGAUCUUCCACAGUGGACAGUGGGGGACAGUGUGUGAUGAUAACUGGGGCCUGGUGGAUGCUCAGGUGGUGUGCAGACAGCUGGGCUGUGGCAGGGUCAUCUCAGCACCAGCAAAUGCACAAUUUGGACAGGGGAACGGACCCAUCUGGUUGGACGAUGUCACAUGCUUAGGCACCGAAUCACAGAUCUCUGAGUGCCGCCACAGAGGGUUUGGAUCUCAUGACUGUGGUCACUCUGAGGAUGCUGGUGUCGUCUGUGAAGGUACUGCUGUAUCAGUGAGGCUCGUCAAUGGUGAGAACCGCUGCUCUGGCAGAGUGGAGGUCUUCAUUGAUGGACAUUGGGGCACAGUGUGUCAUGAUUCCUGGGACCGGAAUGAUGCCAACGUUGUUUGCAGACAUCUGGGCUGUGGCAGGGUCCUUGGAUCACCACCACACGCAUAUUAUGGACAGGGCAGGGGAAUCAUCUGGUUGGAUGAUGUAGGUUGUUUUGGAAAUGAAUCAUCAAUAACUGACUGCAGACACAAUGGGCUUGGAGUCCACAACUGUCUUCACCGUCAUGAUGCCAAUGCUAUAUGUGAAAUCCGGCAGCCUCCAUUCCAGCCUUCACAAUUAAUUUGUGGCCGUGGUAAAAUCCAAGUAGGUCUGCAUAUGGGCAACAUGUCAUCCUCUGGUUUGAACUCAUUCUCGGGCAACCUGGCUUAUGGCAACUGUUCCUGGGUCAGAGUCCAUGAUGAUAUUAUUUGGUAUGAAGUGGAGGCUCGGGCAGAGGCCUGUGGGAAUCUCAUGGAGAUCAACAGCACACAUGUCAUCUACUCCAACACUUUAUUCAUCUACCCACUGGCUAAUUUGUCCUUCAUUCUUCCUUUGAGUCUUCCCUUCUCCUGUGCUUAUCCCCUGCACACAGAUACCAGUCUGAAUGUAGUUAUCGGGCCACACAAGUUGUCUGGAGGCAUUUCAGGCUCAAGUCCGAAAGCUCGAGCCUCCAUGUCUCUAUUCCUCAACUCCGACUACACUGAGUCUUAUCCACCAGGCAGAGUCUUCCUCCCAGUGGGUUCACCUCUGUAUGUGGGCGUCUCUGUGGAGGACACAGAUCCAGUUAUGGCAGCUGUUCUGGAGGACUGCUACGCCACUCACUCACCAAACCCUGAUGAUCCCACACAAUAUCCUCUCAUCCAGAACAAGUGUCCCACUGACCGCCUAAAGGUGUCAAUAGUUGAGAGUGGCUCGUCCCUCCGAGCUCGUUUCUCUGCUCUGCUCUUCCUGCUCCAGGGUCAAUACAGAGACAUUUAUCUUCACUGCAGCCUCAGCCUGUGCAAAAAGGGGUCCUCCAGCUGUGUCCCAUCAUGCACAAGUAGGACACGCCGCUCUGUUUCCAACUCAGCUUCUAUGAAUCCCGUCACCACUGGACCAAUCACUUGUGAGUAUGAAUAA